GCAAAGCAGUUUUAAGCAAAUUGACAGCAAUCUGCAGGCAAUUUGCUAUCUGGAUAUAUUGUCAAAACUUUUAUGUUACCCAAGAUCAUAAAAUAUUUGGGCGUGAUGUAUAUCGAUGAUAACGUGGAACGUUAAAUAAUCUUUAAAUAAGCAACUUUGCAUUUCGCAGGUGACAUCACGGUGACAAAUAGAGAGAGAGAGAGAGAGAGAGAGAGAGAGAGAGAGAGAGAAAGAGAGAGAGUUGCGUUUAGUGGCAGAUCACUGGGUCGUAACGAAAGGAACUGUCGAAAUUACGCAACAAUUUCUAAUCAAACAAGAUCGAAAUAAUGAUCGAUGCCGAUGGAAUAAACAACAAAAGUGUUUUCUGGCAAAAAAUUCAUACUAAUCAAAAUAAACUGCGUAUUCAUGGAUUCGAGAAGAGUUCACUGAGGACUAUUCUGACAUAUGUAUCAUAUGUAUUGUCCAUUGGAUUGGUUCGAUUAUUGUUCCAUUGGUAUCCUCGGCUGUAUCUGUAUGCGACUCAUCGAAAAUGUGCUUUAAGUUGCGCCACGAAAAUACUCGCGAUAGAUGAUUAUCAAGGAUAUAAAUCAUACUUUGUACGGGAUGUCCGGGAAAUUUCUACUAAAGAUAUAAGUGCGAAAAGUUUGUCGGCUACUUUGGGUACUGUUGAUCGAGAGCUCUUAGAGAAAAUAAAAGACAAAAAAUUAAAAAUUAAUUUAGAAAACGGUACACGUUGCGAGGUUCAAGAAUACAAGGCUUUUUGGUGUAAAAAGAGAUGUUAUAUCUGGGACACUACGAAAAAUAUAUUCACGAGGCUCGUUGGACUUGACCAUGGUACAAUAUGUUCCAAUCUUCACGUCUCGCGCAGUAACGGCUUGUCCAAGGAAGAACAGUUACUUAGGCGUAUUGUCUAUGGAAAUAAUGACAUUGUUGUUCCACUUCAGAGUAUCGGUGUAUUACUACUUCUAGAAGUGUUAAAUCCAUUUUAUAUUUUUCAAGUAUUUACCUUAUCUGUAUGGUUCGCGGAAGGCUAUCUGUAUUAUACUAUCGCUAUAGUGUUAAUGUCUUUGUUUGGCAUAACGAGUUCUAUAGUGCAGACACGUAAGAACCAAAUAAAUCUACGCGGUACCGUUGCAUCGUCAGAAAGUGUACGUGUACUUCGUGACACUGGUAUCUUCGAGAAUAUUUCUAGUAAGCAAUUGGUACCCGGUGAUAUUAUAGAAUUACCGAAACAUCGAGCGACUCUCGUAUGCGACGCGGUUCUAUUAACUGGACAAUGUAUAUUGAACGAAUCCAUGUUAACGGGCGAAUCUGUACCAGUAACAAAAACAUUCUUACCAUUGCGCCAUACACUGUACGACGCUAAAGAGUAUACGUAUCACACGUUGUAUAAUGGUACCGCUAUAAUACAAACCAAAUCUCACGGCGAACAACCAGUUCUUGCGAGAGUAAUCAGAACUGGUUUUCUAACUACCAGAGGUACUCUAAUUGCCACUAUACUAUAUCCACCUCCAGUGGAUUUCAAAUUUGAUAAAGAUUCAUAUAAAUUUAUUGGUAUUUUGGCAAUUAUCGCAAUUUGUGGUUUUGUAUAUACCGUAAUAACAAAGGUCUCGAGAGGAAUUACAGCUGGCGAUAUAGCGAUAAAAGCAUUAGACAUCAUUACGAUAGUCAUACCACCGGCAUUACCAGCCGCGAUGACUGUAGGAAAACUGUACGCUCAAACGAGAUUGAAAUAUGCGCAAAUCUACUGUAUAAAUAACAGAGUCAUAAAUGUUUCCGGCAGUAUUAAUUGCGUAUGUUUCGAUAAGACAGGGACAUUGACCGAGGAUGAAUUGGACAUGUGGGGUGCUGCAGCAUGUACAAAUGGUGUACUUGCCGAGGCUCAGACAGAUGUAUCCAAACUCAAAGAUCAUCCUCUUUUUGAAGGAAUGCUAGUUUGUCACGGUUUAACACUUAUCGAUGGAGAAAUUUGCGGAGAUCCAUUGGACGCAAAGAUGUUCGAAAGUACCAAAUGGAUGUUGAAAGAUUCGGAUUGCAUGCACAUAGAUACAUUAUAUAACAACUCAAUAAUGCCGAUUGUCGUGAGUCCACUAGAGAAUGUAAGCUCGAUGAAAAAUAUAAUGAACAAAAUUACGGAGAUUGGUAUAAUACAGCGAUACCAGUUUUCGAAUUCUUUACAACGAAUGUCCGUGAUCGUACGUGCAUCAGGAUCGAAUAAUUUCAGAGCUUACACGAAAGGUUCUCCCGAAAUGAUAAUCAAUCUGAGUAAAAUGGAAACUGUACCGGAGGAUAUUUUACUCACUUUGGAGCAAUUUACGAAACGGGGGUUUCGCGUGAUAGCUAUAGGCCGCAGAGAGACAAUCUCCAAAAGUAGCCAAGAGAUAUCGAAAUUGUCUCGAGAAACAAUUGAACGAGACUUGGAUUUCUUAGGACUAGUUAUUCUGGAAAAUCGACUGAAGCAAUCGACGGCAUCAGUGAUUACGGAACUAAGGGAAGCCAACAUACGCGUGAUGAUGAUUACAGGAGAUAAUAUUCAGACCGCGAUAAGCGUCGCGAGAGAAUGCGGAAUAAUUUCAAUCAAAGAACACAUCGUGGAUGUGACCGCAGUCUCGAAUGAGGAAAAGGAUUGUCCAGAUAUAAUUUUCAAUAUUCAAUCUCAAUCUCCAAGAUUACAGAGCACACAAAAUCAUUUAGUGUCACCGCCGACAGUCAAGGAUAUAGAAUGCGGUAUAGUCAAUUGCAAUUAUAGAUUUGCCUUAACGGGACAAACGUGGCAAGUGAUGCGAGAAUAUUAUCCUGAUAUCGUGGAUCGCGUUUGCAUACGUAGUGCAAUAUUCGCCAGAAUGAACAGCGAUCAGAAGCAACAGUUGGUCGUGGAGCUAAUGCGACUCGGUUAUUACGUAGCCAUGUGCGGAGACGGUGCCAACGAUUGCGGAGCGUUAAGGGCCGCGCAUGUUGGUAUAUCCCUUUCCAAAACAGAAUCCAGCGUGGCCAGUUCCUUUACCUCAAGAAUAUCCGAUACAAGCUGUGUUUUACAAAUAAUACGGGAAGGUCGUGCUGCUUUAGUUACAUCGUUUGGAAUAUUUAAAUUUAUGAUUGCGUAUUCCCUUACGGAAUUUUUGUCCGUUAUAAUACUGUAUUCCAUAGACUCGAACUUGACGGAUUUACAAUUUCUAUUUAUCGAUAUCUUCUUAAUAAUCAACUUUGCUUCUUUUUUCGGCAAGACUCACGCGUGUAAGAACAAAUUAUCCAAGACAACACCGAUGACAAGUCUGUUAAGCUUCACUGCACUGUUAUCUCUAACAAUACACAUGUUUGUAACGAUCGUUUUUCAAGCAAUAGUGUAUCACGCAGUUCGACAAUUUUCAUGGUUCAUCCCGUUCGUUUCUACUAGCAACACCGGAUACACAUGCUACGAAAACUAUUCGGUAUUUUGUGUCUCCAUGUUCCAAUACAUCACAAUGGCGAUUGUGUUUUCACGCGGGAAACCUUACAGACGUGCAAUCUAUACAAAUGGCGCAUUUAUGUUCUCCAUACUUUUAUUAACGGCCAUAUGUAUAUACAUUACAGUUUACCCCGCGGAUUGGAUAGUGAGCACGCUGCAGUUGAUUUUGCCACCCGUUUACGACUGGAGACUUAUUAUCCUAAUGCUCGCUCUAGCCAACUUUCUUAUUUGUUUAUUCCUCGAAAGCUUCGUAAUAGAGCGCGUCAUUGAAAAUACCUUGAAGAGAAAAUUACACAAACCGGAAAAAUCAAAGAAACAAUAUCUAAAGAUGGAAUAUGAACUGAAGAAUUGUGAAAGCUGGCCGAAAUUUAAGAGCACUGACCAAACGCCAGAGUUAUUUGUGCGAAAAGAAAGCAACUUACAAAAUAUUACACGUAAUAGUCACUGUCAAAGCGGUCAAAUUUCGAAUGAUCAAACAGUGAACGAUUUUAACAACUCGAUCAAGCUAUCGAAUGGAUGGACUGGCAAAAAAAAUGGAUUCGAAAAUUUUGGCUUUGCAAAUGACUGACAAUGAGUGUAGUGACGUGC